CAUUUUUACGACUUGUCGUGAAAAUAAUUUAUCUUCUGAAAUUAUCCCGUCCGAAAAGACGUUCCACGCCUCGAAAUAAUCGCGAUUUGCCGCGUAGAAAUAUCGAUACAUUUCGCGCGAAUAUAUCGGUCGCGGUUCGGUUUAUAUUGGAGUGAUUAGCGAUCGAAUUGAAACCGUCAAUACAGUUCGAUUGGCGCGCUUAAACGGUUCGAUUGGAAUUGGAUUAUUGAUUUUUUUUUCGCAGUGUUUGAGCGGCAUUUCGUUCCACAGGGAGCUCCUUUCUGGCCGAUACGAUGAGGCACGUUUGCUUCGUGAUGCUCGUUUUAUGCGCCGCACAACUAGCAAAAGCCGCCCCCUCGCCCGCCGCCCUCCUCGAAUGCCUCAGCGACGAUUGCGACAUCGACUCGGGCCCCGUAUGCGCCAUAGAUGAGUCCGGGUCACCGCAGACCUUCAACAACAGAUGCACCGCCAGAUUGGCCUUCUGCAGAUUCGGCUCCUUUUUUGCGGAGGUGAAGCCGGGCGAAUGCUGACACGAGUCUUCGGCGAUUUUGUAUAGCUAAUAAAAUUUCCCUUUGUAUAUUUCUCUGCGAUUUUCCAGUAUUGUUUCCUGGUGGAAGUGAAUUUCCUUUUCCCUAAAUUACCCGAGAGAAAAUUAUUUAUUGACUAAUUUUAUUUAUGUUCGCGCCGGUACGUUUUUUUUUUCUUGUUAAAUUAUUUUUUGUACUGUUAUACGAGGAAUGGAAUAAUUAUCUAGUAGAUUGUAACUACAAUGUAGAUUUUUUUAAUUAUAAUUGAUUGAUUAAUAAUUAAUUAAUGCGCUUCAGUAUGAUUAACAUGUAAGAUUGUUUGUAAAAAAAUAUAUGAAAUGAUAAAGCAACGACACA